AUGAUGAUUAAAGUAAAAACAUUGACUGGUAGAGAAAUCGAAGUUGAUAUUGACGGAACAGAUAAAAUAGAACGGAUUAAAGAACGAGUUGCAGAAAAAGAAGGAAUUCCUCCACCGCAACAACGUCUUAUAUUCGGUGGUAAACAAAUGUUGGAUGAUAAAACUGUUAAUGAAUAUAAUGUUACUGCUGGUAGUGUUCUACAUUUAGUUUUAGCCUUGCGUGGAGGAUUUUACUAG